GUAGGGUUCGACUUGUGCCUGCUGUUCGUGGUCUGGCUGGGAAUACAACACAAUGUUUGAGACAGAACAUUAAUAAUAGAUGUUUAGAUGUAUUUAAAUGUUGACACAUUUGUGUUUUUAAAAGGCAGUUGUAGUAUUUGAUUUCUGUAAUAACAAAAUAAAGCUAUAUAGACAACAAACACAAAAAAAUAUCUAGCUGCCUGCCUGCCUGCCUGCUUGCAUGGGAAAUCUUCAUGGCAGACAUCUCCAUCUAGCCCUGUGCUAUAAUUGAAAUGGCGCGUUUUGCCGGAGGCAGGUUGUGAGGGCGCUUUCUGCAAUAGCAGAAUGCAUGUCGAUAGACGUCAUUUGCUUUUAAUGGCCUACAGGAAAUUUGGCGUUACAAUACGAGACAUUAGCGAGGGGAGAAAGGAAAGAGAACACAGCCGCAUUAAAACUGUUUAUAGAGAUCUGCAUAUUCAACAUCAGCAUUUCCUAUAGAUACUUUAUCAACAAGUUACACUGCGCUUCCAUAAUCAUAAAGUACAAGAGAUGCGAGAAACGUGCUCUGCCUUACUUAUUUGGGAACUGAAAAUGUAUGCCUAGUUGAAAAUGCCUGGGGAAAUAUUACAUCAGACGAAAUGACAAUGAUUAAAAUCUGCUUUUUUCUUCAGUAAGUCUAUUGAGCGACGUGACAGUGACCUGACUACAAUAUUAAACCGUUAUCCCCCAGCAAAGGAGAACUUAAAACCGUUAUAAUGGUUUAAUUAUUAGUAUUAUUAUUUAUAUUUUUUGUAGAAAAAAGGGGUCGGGGUGGGGGGUGGGGGGGAUUACCAAAAAAAGGUCCAGUCUUCAUCAGCAUCCUGGGAAAAGAAAGAAAAAUAUCAAAUUUUCAUCGCGAAAUUAGCUUGGGCGCGAGUAGGGUUGAGCUAAUUGUAGCCUAAUCCUUGCCCCGAAGGCGUUUGGAAAGCCUUGAGCAAGAAUUCGUUUUUAGCUCCCCUCUGUUAUUUAGAGACGGAUUAUUGGCUUUCUUCUUCUCAUAACAGCCUCGGCAGUUUCAUUUUAGCAAAAAGAAAGAGAGGAAGCUCCAAAGAAAAUCUCAGCAGUCGCCAACCAUCUGAUAUUAAAAAGUCUGUAGAAAUACGAGCGGAAAAAAAGAAGGAGAGAUUUCUUCUAUGUACAACAAGGAGGGAAGAAGCAUGUCCCGUCUGUCUUUGACCCGGUCCCCCGUUUCCCCGUUGGCUUCUCAGGGAAUCCCACUCCCGGCUCAACUCACUAAAUCCAAUGCUCCGGUCCAUAUCGAUGUUGGAGGGCACAUGUACACUAGCAGCCUGGCAACGCUCACCAAAUACCCGGACUCCAGAAUAAGCCGUCUGUUUAACGGGACUGAACCCAUCGUGCUGGACAGUUUGAAACAGCACUACUUCAUCGAUCGAGACGGGGAAAUAUUUCGGUUCAUUCUCAGCUUCCUCAGGACGUGUAAGCUGCUUCUCCCAGACGACUUCAGGGAUUUCAGUCUCCUGUACGAGGAGGCACGGUACUACCAGCUGGCCCCCAUGAUCAAGGAGCUGGAGCGCUGGAAGCAGGAGAAGGAGCAGCGCAAGUACUCCCAGCCUUGCGACUGUCUGGUGGUGCGGGUGAGCCCCGACCUGGGCGAGAGGAUCGCGCUGAGCGGGGAGAAGGUGCUCAUCGAGGAGAUCUUCCCCGAGACGGGUGAUGUCAUGUGCAAUUCCGUAAACGCCGGCUGGAAUCAGGACCCCACUCAUGUGAUCCGGUUUCCAUUGAAUGGGUACUGCAGAUUGAAUUCUGUGCAGGUGCUUGAGAGGUUAUUCCAGAAGGGUUUCAAUGCGGUUGCCUCGUGCGGCGGUGGUGUGGAUUCCUCGCAGUUCAGUGAAUACGUGCUCUGUCGCGAAGACAGGAAGUCACAACCUACAGCCAACACCAUCAGAAUAAAACAGGAGCCCCUGGACUGAAGAGCCACUGAAGAAAGUGCAAAACACUACAGGCAGGCAACAGUGUUAACAAAGACUUUUUUUUUUUUUGUUGCCGGCUAUUAAACAGAAUAAAAAAAAAAAUUAAAAAAAGCCACGAACUGUACUGCUCAGCAGCACACACUGCAUUAAGGGAAUGUAAUUUAAAAAGUUGCAGUGUUGGAACAAAGUACCAUACUGUACUGGGACAAUGUUGGACUAAAAAAAUAAUAAUAAUAAUAAUUAAAAAAACAAACAAGACAAAAGGACACUGAAGACAAAAACAUCAGUUCAUCUUUUCAAAAUGGUGACCUGCUUCUAUGGCAAUGCACACAAUAGCCCAACAGCAAGAAGAAAUCUCAGCUGAUGGAACCUCUCCCCUAGUCGCUCGUUUUGUAUGAUCCUGAGUGUCGGUCCAAUUUGUGUUUUCUUUUUAUCAGUUAUGUUCUGCCUCCAGGAUGUCCGAGGAACUUUAAUCCCCCCCCCCCCCCCCCCCAUGAAGUCAAGUGACUUUUGAACCGUCCUGUGCUGUAAAAAAAAAAAAAAGACAUAUGCAUUUAAAUUCUUGAUUUUUGGGAGUUUAAAUAAUAAUAUUUUUGUUAUUUUUUUGCUCAUCUUGUUCUGACUUUCCAUAUGAAGGAUUUCCCAAGGUUGUUCUCAUUUUGUCUGAAAGGCAAAAGCAUCUGUUUAGCGACAGGUGUGGAAUUAUUUAACCUGUACUGCAAAGCCAAUCUGACUGCAGAGAUGCAUUUACACAGUUCUGAAAGUAUAAUACAAUCAAGGCUGUAGCAGUACAGCUGUAUGGUGUUAUAAAAUCCAUUGUUACAUAAAUAUCACAUCAAAAACUGUAAGAAACAAGUACAAAUCGACUAAUGCCUUCAUCAAUUUUUAUUAUGAAAGUAUUAGCCAAAAUGUCAGUCUGCUUGAGUCCAAUGUUACGUUAUAACCUAGGGCUAUUGAUUUUUGGUUUUGACUGAUAAACGAUAAAAACAACCAAUAGAAAAAAAUGUAAUCAGUGUAUCCCCAAUAAACACCGUGAAAACACUGGAAAUGGUUACUCAAUUCACGUUGACUUCACCCCUUUUCCAUUUAAAGAAAAAGAAAACCUAAAAAAACAAAAACAAAACUACCAUUCCCAGUUCAGUUGGGCAAUGUCCCUCCUUCCUGCUUUGAAGACAGCGAAGGAAAGAAGGUACAAAUUAAGUGUGCAAGUACUGUCGGGUUACUAUACAUAUUGUGACAGAAAAACAAAACGCCUAAGCAUUUUGGGAACUAACCGAAAACAAUAGUUUUAUAUAGUAUAUAAAAAGCCAAAGCUCUGAAAAAAACAAUAUACAUAAAACUAGAAAAUAGCUUAAAAAUAAGCACUGAAAAAUGAUAUUAAUAAAAAACGAAAAACAGAAACCUUAGUUAUAACACAGUUCAGGCAUUUGUCUUCUGAGUUUCUUAUAGUUUUUUUUUUUUUAAUUUUUUUUUUUUUUUUUUAAAUUUAGUCGUCGCCAAUUAUUUUUACCCCGGUUUUCACCCCAAUUUAGCAUGCCCAAUUAUUAUCUGUAUCCCCGGCUCACCGCUCGCAACCCCCCCCCCCGCCGACUCAGGAAACGGAGGCUGAAACACGCGUCCUCCGAAACGUGCUCCUUCCAAGCCGUCAUUUUUCGCACUGCAGAUCCACAGCAAUGCUACCAGACCUAUAGUGCCGGAGGACAACACAGAUCUGGCAGCUCCACUGCAGAACCACAGGCGCCCUAUCGGCCACAGGGGUCGCUGAUGCGCGGUGAGCCGUGGAUUCCCCUGCCGACCUAAGCCCUCCCUACCCGGGCAGCGCUCAGCCAAUUGUGCGCCGCCCCCUAGGAACUCUCGGUCACGGUCAGCUGUGACAUAGCCUGGAUUCGAACCAGCGAUCUCCAGGCUAUAGGGCACAUCCUGCGAGGAGCGCCUUUACUGGAUGCGCCACUCGGGAGCCCGUUUCUUAUAGUUUUACACUCAACUGGAUUAGUAGGUAAAUCAUUUAUUAAAUGGCCAAUUGUUUUAGAUUUCAUGAAAAAAUUACCUGGAAAUGUACCUUUAUUAAAAAAAAAAAAAUACAUGUAAAAUAAAUAGUAGUAAUAGGGAGACAGAACUUGCUUCUAUGCUUUAGCCGGCCAUGUUUUAGGUUAAAAACCGUCCAUUAGCUUUUGUAAAAUCUGGAAGAGCCUUUGAUGAUCUAGUAUUUAAAGAUGCACUGAAAGCAGGAUGCAAGCAGCCUGUGAAUCGCACUGGUAUGAAGAGUUUCCCUCCCCGUGUUACUGAAUGUAGACGAUUGUGUUCAGUGAUGCGUUUCUCAGGAGGCCUGGGGUUUGAAAGGAGAUCUAGUUUCCCCAGUAUCCGAGUCUUAUUUUUAUUAUUGUAAAGAUGUUAUUAUUGUAAAGGAUGUUGCAUAUCAUUCACUUGAAUGAGUUUGUUUUAAAAAGUAAAAUGAAUCAGGCACCGUUGAGUAAUUUGGGUGCCAAAAAGAAGCAACAAUAAUCCUUAACAAUAAAUUAUAAAAGAAAAUGUUUCUAAUGAAAACUGUUUUGUUUUUUUCCGUAACUGACAAAAUAUAAAACAAUGUCUAUGAAAAGUAGCUUUUAGGCCAUUUGAAAUAAUAUCCUAGUACCCAUAGGCAUACGCUUUGACUUUUAAUAUUUAUUCAUAUCUGGCCAACCAAGAUAUUGUACAUAGAAGUUUUGAGAUCUUACAUGUUAGUUUUGCAUUUAAAGUAAGAUGAUAGAAGGUUGUUUUUUUAAAACAGUAUUUUAUUUUAAACAGCUUUACAUAUAGGUGACUUUUUUAUGAUUUCUACUUUUAGAUUCACAUCUUUGCAUUAAAAAAAUGGCCCCAAAAGCUUGUCACUUACUCCCAGUUUGAGUAUAAACUAUCAGCAAUUUCUUGUUUCGAGUCCAGUGAUAUAUAAGUGAGAACAAAGGAAAAUAAAAAUGUAAAUCUGAGAAACAUGAAAACAGUUUUGAUUUAAAAUAAUUGGUUGAUUCAACUCAAGGGGGUUCUCCAGUAAUGUAAAAUUCUCUAAUAAAAUCCAGUUGUGGCUUAUCAGGGCAUAGGCUGAUCAAUUCAACCUACCCCCCCCCCCCCCAAAAAACAAAAACAAACAAAAAAAUUAUAUAUAAUUGUAAUAAAAUUAUUAGUAUCAAAUGACCAUUUUGUCUAUGACACAGAGAAAGACUUAAAAUGCAUUUCAUAUUUUUAAACCUCUAUAUCUCUGAAUGUGGCUGUUCUCUUCCUGAAAGCCAAUUUUGAGUAAACUACAAAAAAAGUGGCCAGUUUUAGCCUUUAGAAGUUCAGUCGCAAGUUCAGAAGCGCCCUCCCUUCACAUGCAGUUUUUACAUUUUGUUUUGUAAAAUACCUGUAGAGUUGCAUAAUUGUAAAAAAUGUUUUAUCAGCUGUCAAGUAUAUGUGUAUUCAUGCAUUUCCUUAGCCUACAGGACUUAAUGAAGGCCGUAUUUCUGCUAAUCAGUGUACAUCAAAAUGAUCAAAAUACAGCUCCCAGGAUGCGUGCAACUAUUUAGUCUGAAGACUAGUGACUUGUAUAGUUAUUUAUAUAUUGAAAUGUAAAAGGACUCUAGGUUAAAGUAUACUCUUCAUAUAAAUAAAAGGAAAAUGAGGACAAAACUAUUUAAAAGCCAAGAGUCUCUAGUUCUAUAUACAGUUUCCUGUAAAUGUUACCAGCAAUUAAAAUUUGCAAGCAAUAUGUGUACAUAUUGUUUUUUUUUGUUUUGUUUGUUUUUUUUAAUAUAAAAAAGAUAUACUUCUGUGGACAGUUUCCACUGGAAAUGUAUUUUAUUUAAAAACAGGUUUAGUAUUAAAGUGCAUGUUCAUUUAAAGUAUAGUGUUUGGUUUUAUUUGCAUGUUUUAGUUAAUAAAGCAACGGAAUGGCGCUGGUUUAAAAAAAAAAAAAACACACCACCGCACUCCCUUUUUGAAGUUUUUUUUGAUGGAUGACCAAUAAUGAAACAAAACAAGCCAGAGGAUUUGUGGGAGUGAAGCGGUCAUGUUUUAGUUUGAUGUUGUCUGUUGGAGGUGUUCCUGGUAGUGCCACCUCCCCCGCACCACACAGGCACGCAGCCCUAGGGUGGAGCAGCAAGCCCAGAGCACAACACAAUAGGCCAUGUCUGACCUUCACAAAGUAAUUUAAAAGAAACUUUUAUGAAACGCUUACACAGAAGAUAUUAGUAUUGGAAUAAACAGCGAGUAUUUCAAAGGGUAAAGAAGUUUUAAUUGGUCAUGUUUGGUACAGAGAAUGCUCCCUACCACCAUGCUUUUAGUGACAGUUUUUUUUUUUUUGUAUAAUAAACCUGUAUUUAUUUACAUGGCAUAUUGUGUCAAAACCAUGAAUAGUAAUGAUAUAAUAAAACAAUCCUUCCUUCAGCAGUUGAAUUUUAAAGGAUCACAAUUGGAUAUAUCCUGAAAUUCGUGAUCUCAUAUUAUUCUUUGGGAUGAAUUAAUUGGUUCACUGCAGGUCUACGUGAGCACAAUUCCACCAAUAGAAGUUGAAAUCCUCACUAUACUCAUCAUUAGAAAUUGGAAUAUAUAUAAUACAUAUAUACACAUACUUCUUAUAUAUUGCUCCUUUGAAACAUGCUGGAAAGUCACCAACAUGUAACAAAAUUCUCACAUUAAGCCAUUCACAAAAUCCUGUAUUUGGUGAAUCCAAACAUAACUGUGCCUCUACAGAAAUCUACUUAGUAACCCUACCUUAACCCUAACUCCAGAUCCAAUGGUUUGUACUGAAUUAAACAAUUUGGCAUUUUACACACUGUCAGCUAAUCAGUAAAUAAAACCUCCUCAUAUGUCCUGGGUCAAUUAAGUUAAUUUAUCCUUAUAGUGCUUAAUAAUACUUAAUACAUAAGAUGUCAGUUUGAUUGUCUAGUUUGUUUAGGAAAAAUGCUGAAUUACCCCAAAAUGCAUGUAUUAGCCAAAGCUUUAGAUUUCCUGAAAUUCACCGAAAUAAAACUACCAUUCUGUAAA